AUGAGGUAUAGUGCACCAAUUAUCGCUACAAUAAUAAGUGGAGAGUGCAACAGACGAGGUCGUUACACUGGCCGCAGUUGGGAGAGUCAUCGACCGAGCGGCGCGGGGGUGCGCACGCGCCGGCCGCUACAAACCCGACUAUGUGUAUCUCCUGCCUCCAUACGAGCAUACGGAGCAGUCAUCAAUCCCUCGCUAGCGACCGAUCCCUAG